AUGGGCGUCUGCUGUUCUAAAUAACGUGAUAAAGAAGAUGGGAUUCGAUAAUAAAUUGCACAAACUAUAGUGGAAUAAUAAAAAUUAAGAGAGGAAGAAGAACAGGAGCAGAUUUAAUUUUAGUGUUAUUCUUCAAGCAGAAAAUCUUAAAAUUUUCAAUUUAAUCCUUCUAAUCCAAACGAUAUUUGCAACUUAAUUACUUAAGUUGGAAAUGAGGAUGUUGCAGUUGAAGUUGAACAACCAAAACAGGAGAAAAUCAAAAAGAAAAAAUUAGAAAAUCAAAAAGAUGAUGCAAACUAUUUAAGAAAAAUAGAUCAUAUUUUAUCUCUUAAAUCUAUUGUAGUUGAAUUGCAAAAGGAAGGAGACAUGAAAUACUAUAAAAUCUCUAUACUUAUUAAUUAUAAAGAACUUUUUUAUAAUGUUAACAUGUUUGGUACUUUAACUACACAAUUAGACUUCAGAUAUUUUACUUUAAAGCCUAAAACAUUCGAGGAGGCAAACAAAUAUUCAAGGUUUCUUACUUUUUUUUCAAAUGAUAAUUACUUUAAUGCAGACAAGGAAUGUACAAAUAAUUUUAAUGCUUUUGAUAAAUUAUUAUAUGUAGAAAGAAGUCUAUAAGAAAUGAAGGCGAAUUUGAAAAAAAUACAAAAAAGACAAAGUACUAUCUUUCAUGAAAAACAACUUGAGAUGUGUUUAGUUAACUCAACUAAUCAAGAAAUGCUUGAAAUUAUAUCAGUAGUUGAUGUAGAACAUUAGUCAAGAUUUUUGACUGUUCUUUUUCAUUUAUUAGUACAAAAAUAUUUUAAGAAAUUAGAACUCUAUUUAGUUUUCAUUACAAAUGCUACAUUUUUAUUUGAAACUCCUCCUUAAUUUGAUUAACCUCAUGUUUAUAGAUUGGCACUUUUUUAUGAUAAGUUGGAUUAUUCAUUAAAGGAUCUUCAAAAUCUAUUAAUUUAGAACAAAAUGGAAUUAUCUAAAAUUUUGUAUCAAAAAUUAGCACUAAAUCUAAUAGAUAUCUUUUAUAAAUGCUAUUCAAACUAUUUAUACAGGUUAAAUUUUACAUUGUCCACAAUAUUUUAUGUCUCUAAAUUAAAGUGUUUUAAGUUGUAAACAUUUGGAAGGUUGAAAUUUUUACUUUAAUUUGGAUUAAAUGUAGAGGAGAGGAUAAAAUCAAUAGAUGAAAAAAAAUUAUAAUUAUUUAUAAAAGCAUUUAAAAAAGAUUUAUUUGCUUUGUGUGAUCUAUUAUUAUAUUUCAAAAAGGUAAACAACUUGACUUUGAAAUAAAUCUAAACUUAAAGGAAAAAAUAUCUUUCGAGUGUAAAAAAAGGUGAAGAAAUAUAAGAUGAUGAUACUAAUUAUUUGAAUUAUGUUGAUUAAACUUUAUCAUCAAAAUCAGAUCGAUACAUUUUGGAAUUUAUUCGUCUGGUAGUUUAUGCCAAUGAAAUUAAAACUAUAGAUAAAACUUUAGAAGACACUUUGCCUAUUAUUGAAUCGCUUUAAAAAUCUAUUAAUGAUUAUGAAACCACUUUAGAAUAAGAAUAAGAAUAAAAAUAAGAAGGUUAAAAUAAUUUUUAAAUAUAAGAAAAUCCAAUAGCAUCUAUUAAAUAAGAGAUUGAUUCAGAAGAUUCUUUAAAUUUAGAAGAAAAUUAGAUAAAUCUAAAAACAUUUUAAUUUGAUUUCAAUUCUGAAAAUGAAGAACUAUCUAUUAAUAAAGACAAAUUUACAUAAGCUUAAUUGAUUUAUAAAGAACUACUCUAUUCAUCAUUACUAUUUUAAGAUUAAUUUUAAUUUUAUUAUAAUAAAUACAAAGAAUGUGAGAAAUAAAAAUUAUAAGAAGCAUAUGUUGAAGUGUUAAAUGCAUUUUAUACUUUAAAAUCAAUGAACGAUGAUUCUUGGUAAUAUAAAUUGACUAUGGUUUCAAAAUCGAUGAACAAACCUAUAGAAAUUAUGAAUUCAAUAUAUGAAACCAGCAUUGAUCAUUUUAACAUAACUAUAAUGUUUUAGAUACUCACUUUAUCAGAAAGAAAACCUUUGCCUUUACUAAAUGAACUUCAAAGAAGCAUUAAUAAAUAAUUAGAAAUGAAAAUCAAAAUGGAUAGAAAAUUAAGAAGCUAAAAUUCUUCAAAAGGAAUUAUUGAAUAGAAAAAACAUAUUAUAAUAUAAUUAAUGUUUGCUCAAUCAUAUUUGAAUAGUCAUAAUUAUUAUUAAGCUGUACAUAAAAUAUAAAAAGUGAUUGGAUUUUAAUUAAAAAAUCAGCAUAUAGCUUCUUUAUUUUAUGGAUAUUCACUAUUAGUAAGUGGAGAAAUAUAAAAAGAAAGCCUUCAACCAGUAUCAGCGAUGUUGAAUUUAGAGAUGAGUUAAGUCAUAUAUGAUAGUUACUUUCCAGAGUUUAUAGCUUAAGAGGAGAUGUAAGAACAAACAGAAAAUUUUGUAAAAGAGAAAACUAUUUAAAAAUUUAAAAAUAUUAAAGUAUAAAAUUUAGCAACCAGUAAUAAAGCUAAAAUGGAAUUGCUUUUGGGUAUGAGUUACUUUGAUGUGCAUGAUUAAGAAAAUUCAUUAAAAUGCUUAAAAAUUGCUGAAAAUUUGUUACUGAGGUCAUUUGAUUUGUAUUCAGAUGAAGUUGUAGUAGUGGUGUUGAAACAAUUAUAACUAUUUGUUAUAUAGGAUGAUAUAGGAUCAGCCUUAAAAAUUACUCUUUAAUAUGCAGGAAAGAUGAAUUAAUAUUAUACAGAGGGUAAGAUUUUUAAAAGAAAAAUUAUUUCUAAAUUAUAGUUUAUUAUGGCAUACAUUUUUGAAUUCAAUGGAUAAUUUUUAAGUGCUCUUCGAUUUAUUGAAAGAUCUAAUCGUACAUUUACUAAUUCAAAAUGUAACAAUUUUAUUAUUUAAAUGCAUUUCUAAGCAAAGAAAUUAAUUUUAAUCUAAAAAAUUAAAACAGCUUUCUAAAAAAUUAAAAGCAACCAAUAAUUAAGAGAUCCAACUGAUUUAGCAUUAUUUUAAACUUUGAAUGAACAUAUGUCUACUACUUUCCUUUCACAAUUUUAUAAGCAAAGUUUUGUUUAGAAAUCUUCAUUAUUACUUGAAAAAUAUGGAAGACAUUUACUUAAAGUUUAAUAACUUCUUAGGCUUAAAAUGAAUGGCAAAGCUCUUAAAAUUUUGAAAAGAACCAUUAGAAUUUUAAACAAAACUAAAAAAGAUGAGUUGUACGCUAUUUUAUCAGGCUAUAUGACAGAUCUAAGUCUUCAAGAUUCUAAAGAACCUCAAUAAAUUAAAUAAUUACUUGAUCAAAUAGAAAUUAAUGAAAGAUAUUAUAUCUUUCCAUAUAAACAAUAUAACUUAUUAAAAUGCUUAAUAUAUCUUAUGAUUCUUUAUACUAAGAUGAAUGAUACUAAAUAAAUUUAAGAGACUAAUGCUAAAAUUUAAAUUAUUAUUGAAGAUUUUCAAGAAAUUCUCUAAUGGAAAACUAUAUCAAUAAAAUCCUUCAGAAAUGCCCCUAAUAAAUUUGAAAUAUUAAUUAAAAAUGGAAAGAUUUCUUUACUGUAAAAAAUUUCAGCUCUUGUUGAAUUAAUUGAAUAUUAUAAUAAUUUAAAGAAAUAAAUAUUCGAUGUCAUGUUUAACGGAUAACAAUUAAAAGAACUUUAUAAAAAAAUCAGAUCCGAUUUUGAAAACUUUCUUGAUGAAAUCAAUAGUCAAGUACUAAUUAAAAAAUAAAAUUGUUUGAUAGGUAAUUUUUCUUAAAUAAAAAUUUAAAAUAAUCGAACUAACGAAGAACAAAUAAAUAAAAACUAAAUAAAAGAAGCCCAAAUAGUUUAAACGCUUGAGGAUAAAGAUUAAAUUACCAAUUAAAAGUAGGCUGAAAAUAAAAAAAUUAUUUUAGACAUUAGAAGUUAUUAGGAAAUAAUGAUAUCGAAUAAACAUGCUCGACUUUCUAAAUAACUUUAAUAAAAGAAUAUUGAAGCUGAAAAGUCAAAUAAUAAUUAAGAUAAUAUUUCUAUUAAACAUGAAAAACAAAAAUCGACAAACAAUUCGGCAAUUUUAUAAUAAAAGCAUACCAAAAGGUCAAGUAAAUUAAAUCCUUUUGAAAGCACCAUGAAAAAAACACUCAAAUAAUUUUAAUGA